GUUUGCUGGGGGUGAAUAUCUCUCCGAUUGUUUUAUAUCGGUCCCCGACUGACAACAAACAUGGACGUCAACUGCACAUUGGUUUAUUGUGAAGAGGAGAGAGAAGACGAUAAAGCUGUUAUUGUUCAGUUCUCUAACGGCAACCUGAGGAACACAGAGCAGCUGAACUUCAGCUUCUAUAAGAACGUGGAUGAGACCAACCCUAGGAAGAAGACCAGACGCAUGCUGGUUGCAGAAUCACAAAGACUCUCCUAUGUUGGGAAUAACUUUGGAACAGAAUCCCUAAAAUGCAACAACCUUUGCAAGUAUUAUGUGGGUGUGCUGAACAAGGAGACCAUGAAGAUGGAGGUGCACAGAGCUCAACUCUUCAACAUGCAGCCGGUCAUCCCAGGGGAGUCGUCGACAGAGAAUGACGCGUCCCAGAACACAGAUCUAACAUACAGGGAAAAGGUGGACUCUCUGAUCGAGGCGUUUGGGACCAACAAGCAGAAGAGAGCUCUGACUUCCAGGAGGCUGAACCAGGUGGGCAGUGAGACCCUGCAGAGCGCUGUAGCAAAGGCUGCCCACUCCGUCAUAGACCAGAAGGGUCUGGAAGCCCUGCAGCAGGAGGUUGUUCAGGCAGAGUCCCAGUCUGAAGUAUCUCAUUACCUUCCUCCCUGCUUCCCCGACGCUGACACACCUCAACACGUCUACCUGUUUGAAGACAUCCUGUCUCCAGUGGAGUACGAUGCCCUGGAUGCUGCUGGCUCUAAGAUGGCCGCCCUGACCCCAGAGGAACUACACAAGAUAACAGAUGGAGGGUGUCUGAGCGUGGUGCGUCAGUUGGAGAGCCUGCCCAGAGAGGGCGUGGCCAGAGAGAGACAGGCUCGCUGUGCUUUCUACCUCCUCCUGCUGAUCAAACUGGCACGGCAGAAAAACAUCACCCGCAAGUUCGGGCAGGAGGAGGGCUGUCCUCGUAUCAUCCACACCAAGCUGAUGAGGACCUUCACCGUGGAAACCUUCAAUAACGGCAGGGUGCAGAACGUGGUGUCUACGUCGAUGCGUGUGAAGGUAGCAGCGUACUGCCUGGCCCUGCUGCUCCACAUGGGAGACAUGACCGCUGACCUCACACUGUUACACAGAGACCUGGGGGUCACAGAGAAACGGAUGGUGGAGGUGGCCAAGUCGAUGGGGCUGACCCUGGUCAGACAUGGCUGUGUGAAGGGGGAUGACGACGGGUCGGCAGCGGACAACAGACUGGCCUCUCUGGUGCUGCCCCUCGUCAAAUACCAAGAGUUCACAGAGAUACGCAAACGCAAAAAAAUGCAUUAAGAGGAAGACGAGGGUAACGCUUCGAACACAACCGACAGCAUCAUUUAGUAAAAUAGUUCGCAGCAUCGUCUGGUUAUGUCUGCGACCAAAGUUCAACAUUCACCAUCUGCUACCAGUUUCUGUCAAGCCGUCGACAGUUUGACGCCCCACACCGUACGCACUGCACCUGCCUCUGCGACGCAAACACUGUGUUUUCAUUGGAAAUGAAUGUACUUCUGGGUGUACCAACAUGUAAUGAUGCUGUCAGGGUGUUAGAAGGAGAGAGGGGAGGAGAGAGGGAAGGGUAGAGGGAGAGGAGAGGAGAGAAGGAGGGAAGGAAGGAAGGAAGGAGGGAAAAGGAGAAGGGGUAGAGGGAGAAGAAGGAGAGAGGGAGGAGAAGGGGUAGAGGGAGGAGAAGGAGAGAGGGAAGGGUAGAGGGAGAAGGGAGAAGAAGACAGGGGUAAAGGGAGAAGAAGACAGGGGUAGAGGGAGAAGGGAGAAGAAGACAGGGGUAAGGAGGAAGAGAGAAGGGGAGAGGAAGAAGAGAGGGUAAAUAUUCCUAGAGAGGGAAAGCAGGUGAGAUAAAGAUGGACGCUAGAAACCUUCAUCACAAAGUAUUCUGUAAACCAAUAAAACCUUUAAUGUAAUAAAGUGUGAGUUCAUACCGCUCCGUCAGAACAUUACCUGUCUGGAAGAAGUGAGGAAGCCCAGUAAAAAGACAUUCCAGUGAGGAAA